AUGGGUCGCAAAGCCACCUUCAUUCCCAGUGUAAUCGUAACCUUCAUCGUCCUCGUCCUACUCCUCCUCGUCACCAUCUCCACCCCUCUGGCGGGCAACAAUUCGUCUGUAUUCUACAUCACCGAGGCGACCAACACCAACCUGCGCGAUGUGACUGGAAACGGGCCUAAUGCGCAGCGCAACGUUACCGGGAUCAGGGCAGGGCUUUGGGGAUACUGCACCAAGGGCCAGGGCGACUCGACAUUUGCGUACUGCACUGAGAAUAACCAUCAGUGGAACGCAACCUUCGCGACACCUCAGAACGACACCAACAACGCAGCAUAUGGCCAGCGUGAGAUCGGCUACUCGUGGACUCGCGGUCUCGUCGUAGCCGUCGUGGCUUUCGUCUUCACCUUCAUCGGCCUGGUCCUCAGCGUUUUCCCGCACUUGAUUGUGCAGCUCGUCGCCGCCCUGUGGUUGCUACUGACGCUGUUGAUGACGCUCAUUGCGUUUGCGAUUCAGAUCGCCUUCUUUGUCUACUUCAAGCACAGGAUUCACCAGCUCGAUGACGAUGCCUCGGUCAUGCCCGGCCCCGGUUUCUACCUGACCCUCGUCUCACUGCCUCUGCUCCUAUUUUCGGCAGUCACCGUCCUGUGCGGCUGGAAGCGCGAGAAGUCUGGUGCCACUUCUGCGAGCAGCUACGAGUACGGCGGAGGAAGCUCUGGCUUGCUUGCGAAGGCUAGGAGACCGUUUGCCAGGAAGAACAAGGCGGCCGACGGUUACGGCCAGAGGGACGCCAGCAACGGUGCGGCCGUUGACGAGGACAACAAGAACAGCAUCCCGCUGUCGAGCAGGCAGAGGGUCAUGGAUGCUUUCAAUCGCUCGUAG